CACACACACACACACACAAACAACUUAGAUUUCUAGGGUUUAUUUCUUUCUUUCCUUCAUUCCGUCAAGCUUACCCGCUGCCGCCGCUUACGUCAUCACCAUGGUUCUAAAGACUGAGCUGUGCCGUUUUAGUGGCCAAAAGAUAUAUCCAGGAAGGGGUAUUAGAUUCAUUAGAUCAGAUUCUCAGGUUUUUUUGUUUGCGAAUUCGAAAUGUAAGAGGUAUUUUCAUAAUAAGUUGAAGCCUUCAAAGCUCACAUGGACUGCUAUGUACCGAAAGCAACACAAAAAGGACAUUGCUCAGGAAACCGCAAAGAAGAGGCGUCGUGCUACCAAGAAGCCAUAUUCAAGGGCUAUUGUUGGUGCCACAUUAGAAGUUAUUCAGAAGAAACGAAGUGAGAAGCCUGAGGUUCGUGAUGCUGCAAGGGAGGCUGCUCUUCGUGAGAUCAAGGAAAGGAUCAAGAAAACUAAGGAUGAAAAGAAAGCAAAGAAAGCCGAGGUGGCAUCAAAACAGAAAACUCAAGGUAAGGGUGGCAAUGUUCCUAAAGCUAAAGGUCCCAAGCUUGGAGGUGGCGGCGGGAAACGUUGAAUCUUUAUCUGUCAUUUUUGUUUUUGUAAAACCUUUCAAUGUGUUGUACUGUUUAUGUUGAAUCCAUCGCGCUAAACCUGUCUUUUAGAUGUUUGGUAUUGUCUACAAUUUUGGAGUUAAGAUUUUUCAGUUUGCAGUUUUGCAAGAAA